UAUGGCUAUGCAUAGACUAUUGAGGUUUAACAGUUACUCAAUUGGAAUGGAACACCAGUGUACUGUGAGAAAGAGGUAAUGUUCCCACCCUGAUAGUAAAUGCUGCUUACAUCAUUCUGUAUUUCUUUAAAAGGUAAUGGAUUCUGUACACAAAAACAUUUUAGUGUCCAGUUAUAAAUGUGCAGGACAAUAAGUGAUUUAUGGCUAAUUUUGAAGAAUGGCAGUGUGUUUGGUGCUCCAUUACUCGAAUGAUAGAUCAAUUGUUUUGGAGGUGUUAACCGAGAGCCCUAUACUGUUGCAAGUUCUGACAACUAUGGCAUCCUGUGGAGAGAAAGCCACAAGAGUAUACUUGUAUCCUUAUCAGUAUGCUUGAAACCUCCUGGUGUUGAACAGGCUCCCAUUCAUAGGGAAGCUCCUUGUGGGGAAGAUGGAUGACACAUAAGCAUGAGAUGUUGAAGAGGACAGGAGCCAGGACAUACCACUGCUUCACUCAUGAGUUGACAGAAAAGAGUUACAUGACCUCCUGUGAUCAUGUGAUUUAUCAAAUUUAAACAGAACAUUCCAAAAGAACUUCCUGGUAACAGUGUUGAUUGAUUUGGAGAGGUUGAUACAGUCUUUAAUGACAGUUGGUGUUGUUCCCAGCACUUUUCCUGAGGUUGCCAUACAGCAUUCUUUAUGCAAGCAUAAUGUAGCCUCUUCCUGUCGGUCUUUUACAAUUAUAGAGGUAGUUGUGAACACACACACACACACACACACACACACACACACACACACACACAAACACACACCAGUUUUGUGUUAGAAAUGAUAAAACAGAAAAUUCACUCGUGUUAAUACCAUAAGCCAAAAAACUUAAUUUUAUGUGUGUGUGUGUGUGUUUAUUUACUCCACCUCCUGCUCUAAAAAUUAUUUUAACUAAACCAGUCGACCCAGUUCAAGUAAAAGUGAAACUGAAUUUAGUGACGAUAGGACUGUAAAAGUUUUGAGGAGAAAAAUACAUGUAAAACAUGACCUCCAAAAUGAGUGUCUCUGGGGAACAGGACACAAAGAAAGACAAGCGUCUAAUUCAGGGUAAGAAUUUUGACUAUCCUGAACCUAGCUGUGUGUCCAUGAAAAGUGAUGAGUCAAUAGACCCACCACCAUUGUUUGGAGACAGAAAUUCUACUACUGAAUUUAGUCUGAUUCAGGGUAAGAGAUCAGAUUCACCUGAACCCAGCAGUGUGUCUAUGAAGAGUGAUGAGUCAAUAGAUCCACCACCAUUGUUCUCAGACACAGACAGAUCUACUAAUCUGAGUGUUUUAUUUGUUCACAGACCACAAAGCAGGACAAAGAAAUCAAAAAUAAUUUGCACAGAUGAGUUGGAGGCUGUAUUUACGGAGCUGGAGCACAAUUUCAUCACUCUGUUAAGGAAUGAGCUGAAGAGAUUUAAGAAGCUCCUGAGUCCAGAUUACCCAGUAUGCUCUGAUAGGAAGGUGGAAGAUGAGGAGGAUCAGAACAGUGUCAGAGAGGGAGUGCUGAAGAUCACACUACACUUCCUGAAUAAGAUGAACCACACAGAUCUCGCUAACACACUGCAGAACAAACUCACCUGUGGUAGUCAAAAACUCAAAUCCAGUCUGAGUAAGACAUGUAAAAGAAUUAAUGAAGGAAUCUCACAGCCUGGAAGCUCAGCACUUCUGAAUGAGAUCUACACAGAGCUCUACAUCACAGAGGGUUGGAGUGGAGACGUCAAUAAUGAACAUGAGGUGAGACAGAUUGAGACAGCGUCCAGGAGACCAGCAGCACAGGAGACACCCAUCAAAUGUAAUGACCUCUUUAAAGACAAGUCCAUCAGAAGAGUGCUGACUAAAGGAGUUGCUGGAAUUGGAAAAACAGUCUCUGUGCAGAAGUUCAUUCUGGACUGGGCUGAAGGAAAAGCAAAUCAGGACAUCAUCUUCAUGUUUCCACUUCCCUUUAGAGAGCUGAAUCUGAUGAAGCAGAAAAAUCUCAGUCUGAUGGAUCUCCUUCAUCACUUUUUCCCAGAAAUAAAAGAAUUACGAUUAAUAGACUAUGAGAUCAACAAAGUCCUGUUCAUCUUUGAUGGUCUGGAUGAGUGUCGACUUCCUCUAAAUUUCCAGAAGAAUGAGAGAUUGUGUGAUGUAACAGAGUCAGCCUCAGUGAAUGUGCUGCUGACAAACCUCAUCAAGGGCAAUCUGCUUCCCUCUGCUCUCCUCUGGAUAACCACUCGACCAGGAGCAGCCAAUCAGAUCCCUCCUGAGUGUGUAGACCAGGUAACAGAGGUACGAGGGUUCAGUGAUCCUCAGAAAGAGGAGUACUUCAGGAAGAGGAUCAGUGAUCAGAGCUUGUCCAAUAAAAUCAUCUUACACAUGAAGUCUUCAAGAAGCCUCUACAUCAUGUGCCACAUCCCAGUCUUCUGCUGGAUCUCAGCCACUGUUCUAGAGAGAAUGUUCGGUAACGCAGAGAGUGGAGAGAUCCCCAAGUCUCUGACUCAAAUGUUCACACACUUCCUAAUCAUUCAGAUCAAACACAAGGACCAAAAGUACCAUCAGAAAUGUGACCCUGAUCCUCAGCAGACCAGAGAGAGUAUCCUGGCACUGGGAAAACUGGCUUUCCAACAGCUGGAGAAAAGAAACCUGAUCUUCUAUGAGGAAGACCUAAGAGAGUGUGGUAUUGAUGUCAGAGAAGUGUCCGUGUACUCAGGAGUGUGUACCCAAAUCUUCAGAGAAGAGUUUGGAAUUCAUCUGGGGAAGGUGUUCAGCUUUGUACAUCUGAGUGUUCAGGAGUUUCUGGCUGCUUUAUACACAUUUCUCUCCUUCAUCAGCAGAAAUCUAACAGAACACCAAUCCACUGAUCUGUCUGAUCUUUUCACCAAGUCAAACAUGUCUGAUUUCCUGAAGAGAGCAGUGAACAAGGCCUUAAAGAGUGAGAAUGGACACCUGGACCUGCUCCUUCGCUUCCUUCUGGGUCUCUCCCUGGAGUCCAAUCAGACUCUCUUACGAGACCUACUGCCCCAGACAGGAAGCAGCUCUCACAACAAACAGGAAACAGUUGAGUACAUUAAGGAGAAGAUCAGAGAGAAUCCAUCUCCAGAGAAAUCCAUCAAUCUGUUCCACUGUCUGAAUGAACUGAAUGAUCAUUCUCUAGAGCAGGAAGUCCAACAUUACCUGAACAGAAGAGAUGACUGGUGUCUUAAUGGAAUCCGUCUCUCUCCUGCUCAGUGGUCAGCUCUUGUGUUUGUGUUGCUGAACUCAGAAGAGACUCUGAAUGAGUUUGACUUGAGGAAAUAUGACAGAUCAGAUGAAUGUCUUCUGAGGUUGAUACCAGUCAUGAAAGCAUCAAGAAUGGCAAACCUGUCUCAGUGUAAAGUCACAGAGGAAAUCUGUAGAGUUCUGUCCUCAGUUCUCAGUUCAUCCUCCUCUAGUCUGAGAGAACUGGACCUUAGUCGCAAUUAUGAACUGCAGGAUUCAGGCGUGAAGCUGCUCUCUGCUGGACUGGAGAAUCCACACUGUACACUGGAGAAACUGAAUCUGCGUGAGUGUAUGCUCACAGAGGAAAGCUGUAAAGUUCUGUCCUCAGUUCUCAGCUCAAACUCCUCCAGACUGAGAGAACUGGACCUGAGUUACAAUAACCUGCGGGAUUCAGGAGUGAAGCUGCUCUCUGCAGGACUGCAGAAUCCACACUGUACACUAGAGAAACUGAGUUUGGUAGGCUGCAGUAUUACAGGUGAAGGCUUUGUUGCUCUGGUUUCAGCUCUGAGGUCAAACCCCUCAUCACACCUGCAAGAGCUUCAUGUGUACUGGAAUGAACCAGGAGAAUCAGGAAUUAAGCUGCUCUCUGAUCUACUGAAGGAUCCACACUGUAAACUGGAGAAACUACAGUUGGAACAGUUUUUUUGUCUUAGACGCAGACGAUUAUGAGGAUAAACACAACGCAGUGCAAAGUGUUUUAAAGAACAACUGAAACUUUAAUGUUUUACUUUUCUCAUUUACUGAUAAUGAUGAAGUUUUUUCUUUUAUAAUGUUUUAUUCUGGUAUAUCAGAUAGUGUAUGUAAGAAUGCACCUGUCAGAGCUUUAUUUUUCUCCCCUGUUUCAUGUUUACAAACAAUCACAGAUGUAAACCUAUAAAGUAAACUUACAUCUGUGUAAUCUAAUAUCAUGUAGCUACAAUAUAUAAACUGAACAGUAAUGAAUCUUUUCUUUUUAACAGCAAAACAGAACCUUAUUGUACAUAUCAUGUGCCUUUUAAUUUAGAUUUGUCUCUAUACAAAGCUUUACAAUGGUUAUAACUGAAGAAGUGUACCAAUAGAUUAAGUUGUAUAUAAUUAUAAUUUCCUAUUGGUGCUGAUACAGAUGUAUAAUUUGGGUAAUUUUGUAAAUAAUUAUGCUUAAAUGAUUCACACAUUAAUGCAUAUUGAAUUAUCAAUUAAAAUAAAUUC